AUGAUGUGGGUUUCGGGUUUAAUAUUUAUAUUAUUUUGUGGAUCUACAAUCGAUUGUUAUGUUGCUAAGUACGAAUGUCCAACCAACGAGGAGUACCUCACUUGUGGGUCAGCAUGCCCCUUAAACUGCACCAACCAGGAACCAGUUGCAUGCACAAAGAAUUACGUUGCAGGUUGUUUUUGCAAGCCUGAUUUCCUGAGGAAUAAGAAUGGUGCAUGUGUACCAGUUGAAGAAUGUUACGACGAAUGUCCACCCAACGAGGAGUACCUCACUUGUGGGUCAGCAUGCCCCUUAAAUUGCACCAACCAGGAACCAGUUGCAUGCACAAAGAAUUGCGUUGCAGGUUGUUUUUGCAAGCCUGAUUUCCUGAGGAAUAAGAAUGGUGCAUGUGUACCAGUUGAAGAAUGUUUCGCGGAGAACUACCAAGUCUGCGGCGAAAACGAAGAGUUUAAUUCAUGCGGUAGUGCUUGUCCUCCAACGUGCUCCCAACCUGAACCAGAGGCUUGCAUUCAAGUUUGCAGAGAGGGCUGCUUCUGCAAACCAGGAUACUACAGAGACGAAAGUACCAACAAGUGUGUGAAGCGGGAUCAAUGUUAUCAGAACGAAUGUCCAACCAACGAGGAGUACCUGACUUGCGGGUCAGCGUGCCCCUUAAACUGCACCAACCAGGAACCUGUUGCAUGCACAAAGAAUUGCGUUCAAGGUUGUUUUUGCAAGCCGAAUUUCCUGAGAAAUGAGACUGGUGCAUGUGUACCGGUUGAAAAAUGUUUCGAGAACUACCAAGUCUGCGGCGAAAACGAAGAGUAUAAGUCAUGCGGCAGUGCUUGUCCUCCAACUUGCUCCCGACCUGAACCAGAGGCUUGCAUUCUAGUUUGUAGAGAGGGCUGCUUCUGCAAAACAGGAUACUACAGAGAUGAAAGUACCAACAGGUGUGUGAAGCGGGAUCAAUGUUCUGAGAAUCGCUGCCCCGAGAACGAAGUCUAUGACAUGUGUAGCGCAGGUUGCCAGCCAUCUUGUAACAACAACGCUAACCCGUUAUGCUCGAGGAUCUGUGUGGCUGGAUGCGUCUGCUAUCCGGGUCUACUGCGCAAUGAUGACGGUGAUUGUGUCAGCGUUGAUGAGUGUUAUGAGAAUGAGUCCUAUACUAAUUUUUUGUACAACUAUUUGAACGCCAUCUACAGACUUCUGCUUCUAUCCUACUACGCUUAA